AUGACGGAGGCGUCUCCAGUCCAGGCCGUCCUGUUCGGAGUUCUGGUCUUCACCGGGAUUCUGGGAAACGUUCUCAUUAUCUACACGGUGAUCAGUACGUCUCUGGACUCGCGCCACCUGCCCCCCCCGACUGACAUCAUCCUGGUGAACCUGGCGCUGGCCAACCUGCUGACCUCCGUGUUCCGCACGGUGCCAAUCUUCAUCUCCGACUUCGGCGUGGAGGUGUACCUGUCCACGGGCUGGUGCCGGGUCUUCAUGUUCGCCUGGGUGUGGUGGCGCUCGGUGGGCGUGUGGGCCACCUUCUCGCUCAGCCUCUUCCACUUCGUGACACUGCGCCGGCAGGGCGUGGCCGGGCCUCUGGCACGGCAAGCGGAGCUGAGGAAGGUGGGCGCCGCCCUUUUCCUGGUUUGGGCGCUCAACUUCCUGUACUCGCUGCCUGCCUUCCUGUACUCUGCCCACGUGAGGGGCAACUCCACGGUGGAGUUCAUGGUGAUCAGCUGCACCACACGCCCCCUGCUGGGCUGCAUCUGGGAGUUCCCCUCCCCGCGCGUCGGGAUCGCGUUCGCCACCACCUCGCUGGUCCUCCACGAGGUGGCGCCCAUGGUGCUGAUGGUGGCCCUGAAUCUGGCCACGCUGUGCAUGCUGAAGAGGCACAUCCGCUCCGUGGCAGGGGCGGAGCUGACGGGCUGCCACGUGGACAGAGAGCGCAAGGCCAGCAAGGUGAUCGUGGCGCUGGUCACGCUGUUCGUGGUCUGCUGGGGCACGCAGAUGCUCUCCGUGUCCUACUACAACUACAACAGGGGCGAGCAUGCCGUGUUCCUGCUCACGCUGGCACACUUCACCUCCUCCAUCUUCGUGGGAUUCAGCCCCCUGGUGGUGGCGUUCGGCCACAGCAAGCUGCGCAACAGGAUCAAGAGGAUGCUGCUCUGGGGCAGGGAGGAGGAGCAGGGAAGAGGAGAGGAGGAGGAAGGCAAGGGGGCAGGAAAGGUGAUCAGCAGGGCAGGGAAUGAUCCCCAUCCCUCCUGCUGA